AUGGCUGAAGUCGAUUAUAAUACUCUUGUUUAGGCAAGUCAAUUGUUGUUUGAUCACUCCUAACCAUUCAAUGAUUAAAAAGCAGUAGCUCUUGAUCUCGUCACUUCUGGAAUGAGAUCUAGUAACAUUCAAAUUGUAAGCAUUAUUUCUUAUCAUUUAGAUCACUGCCUGUACUAAAAUAUGGGUUGAUUUAUAGAAUGAUUAAUUCUUUUGGACAAUGACCGACUAGGUCAUUUUGUUAUGCAAAUAAAAUCAAACUAAAUUUUUAGCUUUGAAAGUACUUGAAGAACAAAUUAAAUCUAAAUGGAAUUUGAUUCGUGAAGAAUCUAGAUUAGGACUUAAAGGUUUUAUUCUUAAAUAACUAUUACAUUUUGGAGCAAAAGACUAACAUGAUUCAAUCGAGGAAUCUUUAUUAAAUUAAAUAAACAUGAUUAUAAUAUAAAUAUUAAAACACGAGUGGAAGACAACUUGGGUUUCAUUUAUACCUGAAAUUUGUGAAUUAAGUAAAACAGAUUAAAACCUUUGUGAGAACAACUUGAAAUUGCUUAGAUUAUUAAGGUAAUUUUUUAAAUAUUUUAAAUUUUAGUUAAGAAAUAUUUGAUUAUUCUAAAAAUUAAUUAACAACCAAUUAAAUAGUUGAAUUGAAAAGCAAUCUUCACAAAGAGUUUUAAUUGAUCUUUGAACUUUGUUUCUUUUUGGUCUAAACAUUUGUGGAGAAGCAAAACAUUAAAGUAACCUUGAUAAAGUAAACAUUGGAAACCCUUUACACAUAUUUGUCUUGGAUUCCUUUUGGAUUUAUCUUCAUGACAUAAUUGUGUGAGAUUCUUAUUUAAUUAUUUGAUAACAAUCACUUCAGAAAUCUCUCCAUUAGAUGUUUAACAGAGAUAGUCAUUCUCAAACUUGAUUGUAAAUGAUAUUUUCUACUUUUUUAGCUGAUUAAUAGAAGAUGAUCAUCUAACAACAAAAGAUUGGUAUUAUUUUCGAGAAGAUCUUGAUAAAAUUGAGAUAAGUUUUUCCAUGUGACUUCGGAUUUUUAGGAGAAAGAUAGAGAUUAAGAAUAACAAGCAAUACUCAAUUAUAAUAUUUCGACGAUUUUUGUGCCAUUCUGACUUAAUUCUUUACUGGAAUCCUUAGUCAACAUUUAGAUUGGUUGGAGAAUGUCUCAAAGACCAACCCAAAUGUUAUUUAAUUAGUUGAUUACAGUUUAUAAUAUCUGAUUGGAUUCUCUUAAUUACCCUUAGAAUAGAACUAUAAGGUUUGUGCAGAGUUCUGGUUUGACUUUACUAAGAGAUUGUUGGAUUAGCCAUCUUAGUUGCCAAAAGGAAAUCAAAUCAUCUUGAAUCUUUAUUCGAAUGAAAUGAAUCCUCCCUCCUUAUAAAAUAAUAGUUAUCCUAGAGUAAUAAUUUUAUGAGUUUUUAAUAAUAGAUUUUGGUUGAAUUGAGAAAGAUUGUUGUAAGCAAAAUGGCUAAACCCCAAGAAGUCUUAAUCAGCAUCGAUGAAACUGGGUAGCCAAUCAAGGAGGAACUAUAAAAUACAGAAAACAAUGCUUUAUAUGAUUUAUUAAAGGACCUUUUAAUUAAUCUGGCAAAACUAAAUUGGACCAGUACGAAGGAGAUUAUCACUUAAAAAUUGGAUAAAUAGGUAAAUUAACAUUAUUCUAUCUUAAAACGCAUUAAUAAUGGCGUGCUUGCAAUUUAUUGAGAUAUU